AUGGCAGUGCUUCAUUUUCUAGCUCAGCUAGCACGGACCCUUGCAGUCUCUGGGGCCGCCCUGAUUACUUUUGCCCUAGUGGCCCUUUAUUUCUUCCAAAGGAAACUCGUCUAUCCAUCAUUUCUUAACAAAGCACGGAUACAAGUUGACACACCAGAUUUAUUCGAUCUCCCCUAUGAAGAAGUCAAAAUUACUACAGACGAUGGCGAAACUUUACACGCCUACAUGCUGUUGCAUGACUCUAAAUCGUUAGAAUACACAAACAAAACAAUCCUUGUAUUGUCUCCCAAUGUAGGCAAUAUUGGGCAUUUUUUACCUGUCGUUCAGUAUAUCUACAACGAGCUUCAUUACAAUGUCUUCAUAUACUCCUACCGUGGUUACGGGAAAUCAACAGGCUCCCCCACCGAAAGCGGGCUGAAAAAAGAUGCCGAUGCAGUAAUGAAAUAUCUAGCGUCACAUAACCAAGUCUCAAAAUCAUCAGUAAUAACGUAUGGGCGUUCAUUGGGUGGUGCUGUAGCAAUCUACAUAACUGCAAAAUAUGGGAAGAUGAUCUCUGCAAUGAUUUUGGAGAAUACCUUUUUGAACAUACCAAAAGUUGUACCCCAUAUAUUCCCUUUCCUAAAAUAUUUCAGUUGGUUGUGUUGUGAAUUUUGGGAUUCAGAAAAAGAUAUUACCAAAAUCAACUCCGAUAUACCAUGCUUAUUCCUAGCAGGUACAAAGGAUGAAAUUGUGCCUCCAAGCCAUAUGAAGGAAUUAUUUACACUUGUUGGAGUGAAAAACGGCUCCGAGAGGAAAAAUUUCAGAGUUUGGAGAGAGUUUAAAGCAUACCAUAAUGAUACUAUAGUAGCUCCCGGAUACUGGGAGGUCUGGUAUGACUUUGUUAAAAAUCAUGUAGCACCGUAUGGGAAAUGA